AUGGACUCCAACCGCGCUUUGGUGGACAACUUUCUGAAUGGCGAUUCCAACCUUUCUUUGCCUGUUAUGCCAUCGAACUAUAACAAUUCGAACAAUUUUGCGACGAACUCGAACCUUAACAAGCCGAGUACACUUGAUUCACAUAGCGAAACACAAGGAAGAGGGUCUAGUUCUAAUGUGAAUUCAGUUGCACACAUGCAAGCCCUUCAGCAACGUCUCUUUGUGCUUAUAAGUGAGGCACAGGGGAUCAUUACUCAGCUCCAGCAAUACGGCUGCUUCCCGAAAACUCUACAAACUCCCGACGCGAGUCCCCCGACUAAUGUUGGGGAAAAGAAAAUCAACAAUGAAGCUUUGGGGAUUCCUACCUUUCCCCCCUCUAGCCAAAAUGCUGAUCCACCUCCAAUAGUACCAAAGUACCAACAGCAGCAGUCUUCGUCACCUAAAUCAAUACCGUGGGAGGCACCCCCUCCAGAUUCAUAUGCAGCUAAUUCCCCUAUAGACACAGCGGCACUGUGGGGGAGCAUGGCGAUGAUGGGAACAUCGCCAAGCCAGAGUAACGUUGCUUCAAACUUCAUCGAUACCAACGGUAUGGAUCGGCAUACUAGCUUUGGAAAAUCCUUUGUGCCUUUGGAUGGGGCCGGGCCCGCGAGUGGGCAGGAUUACAUUAAUGAACGUCAAGGCAGUAAAAUCAACCCCGCCAUUGUAAACCCCUAUCCUGUGAGUCAACCUACCAACACACCCGAAUAUGAGGCUGACGAUGCUAUUGAAGAUAUGAGUGGUGCAAAUCAUGGCCCAUUGAAUGCAUCGACGAAGGAACAAAUAGUAUAUGUAGAAUUUAAGCGGAAGCGCAUUCACAAGUACACCUGCCACGAUCCAACGAUUACGCCUGGAGUCUACGUCCUGGUGGAUGGUGACCGCGGCACUGAUUGCGGGUUGGUGACGAGGACUGUUCGCUGGCUCCCUAAUGGCAAGCCCGAUAUCACUUCCAUGGACGAGUGUGGCAUUGAUGAGCAGAAAAUUAAACCAGGGAAUGGAUACGUGCUGCGCCAGGCCACUAAUGAAGAGUUGGAUAAACUCCACAACGUUCUUGCGAAUGCGGAGAGCGUUGCGCUCAAGACGUGCCGUCAGCGCUGCCAGGAGUUCGGCAUUGAUAUAAAACUCAUCGAUGCAGAGUAUCAGUUUGACAUGAAGAAGAUUAGUUUCUUCUAUGACUCUGAUCGCAGCAUCGAUUUUCGCGCGCUUGUGCGAGAGUUGUAUCGUACCUUUGGGGCAAGAAUAUGGAUGGAAAACGUCAACCCAAAGGUGAAGAACUGCAUGCCAUUAGAUAGUGGCACAUGUAGCCCUACCUGUUUAUCUACGCGUGAAUCUGAAGUGGUAAACGGCAAUCGUCAUAGUCACAAUUCGAAUCGUCGGAAGUAA